AUGGGUCAUGUUCCUUCAGGCAAGAAAAUUGACGGGAACUCCCCGAGAUCAGGAACCGUGGCCGGUCAGUCAGAAGGCAUCGACACCAGGCCAUUGACUCACCUGUCCGCAGCACCUUCUGCUCGACCUUCAAUCGAGAGGCAGGGCUCUGGCUUUGCAGGGAGUAGAUAUGGGUCUCCAUCUCCCUUGAACAUGGGCAGCAUGUCCUACGCAUUGCCGGGUCAUCCUCAGUAUGAUCAAAUGCAGUACCCACCGGGCCAGGGUAUGAUAUACCCCAUGUCAAUGCCGUACGGCCCUAACGCUGGAAUGGCCUACGGUGUGCCGUAUCCAUAUCCACCUUAUGCGAUUCCAUCUCACGGACCCCAUUAUCAACAUUAUGGAAACCAGCCCAUGCAAAACAUUUCGCAGCACACACAAUACCCCCAAGGCUAUUAUUCAUACAGCAACUACCCAGUACAUCGAACUCAAAUCCACGCAUCCCCGGUCGCCCUAUCCCGAACGAACGAACCGAAGCCGGACCCCCGUCAAGAAAACGACAAAAAAACUGCAUUUCUCGAAUACGAUGUCUCCAAGACUAUUGUGGAUGGCUCCAACCCUAUGAGACUAGCUCCAUCCCAGUCGCUCCCCUCUGACAACAGCUCCCCUUCCCACUCCGCACCGUCCGCUCCAACCACUCCUCGAGGGCCACCACGAAAACCGAAGCAGUCUGGGCACGCCCUCUGGGUAGGCAAUCUCCCUCCCGGCGCCAACGUUGUGGAUCUCAAAGAUCAUUUCUCGCAAGAUGCCACACACGACAUUGAAAGUGUGUUUUUAAUCUCCAAGAGUAAUUGUGCUUUUGUGAAUUACAAGUCGGGCGUGGCGUGCCUCGCAGCGUUAGACCGCUUUCACGAUUCUCGAUUCCAGGGUGUACGCGUGGUCUGCCGGUUGCGUAAAGGAUUCACUGCCCCGGGCUCGGGGCUGGGGGUUUCUGGCUCGGGGGGCACCGGCAGUAUCCUCCCUUCGCGGGAGGAUGUUGCCCCGGACGUCGCUAAUUCCGAUCCGACUUCGGGCGGGGAGGUACCGGAGCUGGGCUCGGCAGCUCCUGCAACGGGCAUCCACCCCCCUCCGGCCCGGGUGGUUGAUCGGUACUUUAUUGUCAAGAGCUUGGCCACGGAGGACUUGGAGCUAAGCAAGAUCAGUGGUAUUUGGGCCACGCAGUCUCACAAUGAGGCCGCGAUGAACCAAGCCUACGAGACGGCCGACUAUGUCUAUUUGAUUUUCUCGGCCAACAAAUCCGGUGAAUACUUUGGAUAUGCACGCAUGAUGUCGCCGAUCAGCGACGACGACGAACUUGCCUUGGAAAUGCCCUCGCGCCCGGAUCCACCCGCCCCCGAAGACCUGGACGUGACUCUCACUGCUGCCACCAGCACCGCGCCCCAGGGUCGGAUCAUCGACGACUCUGCCCGGGGCACCAUCUUCUGGGAAGUGGAGUCGAACGAGGACGACACCCAUAGUGAGAAAAGCGUUGAGCUCGACGAUGUGGAAGAACAGACGUUUGGCAAACCCUUCCGGAUUGAAUGGAUGUCGACCGCCCGUGUUCCGUUCCACCGGACUCGGGGACUUCGCAACCCUUGGAAUGCCAAUCGGGAGAUCAAGAUCGCCCGGGACGGCACUGAAAUCGAGCCCGUGGUUGGACGCAAGUUGGUCCAGCUCUUUCACGCUUAA